AUGGUUCAAUUCCGAUGCGAUAAUAGAGUUAGAUUGGAAGGCGACCAUCGAAAAGAUUAUGAUCGCGUACGUGUGGGCAAUGGCGAAGAUUAUGAAAUUUGGUGGUUUGGUGUUGUUGAAGAAUACUCCUCGAGGGAGCUCUCGUAUCCCAAAGAUAGACUGGGUGGCUUGGCUGGGGUGGCCAAAUUUAUUUCCGACUAUCUGAUAGAAAAUGGGAGUACAGCGGAGUAUCUUGCAGGAUUGUGGCUCAACGACAGGUUGGAGCAUCAGCUUCGCUGGGAAUAUAUCGAGCCAAAAUUGUCGUUUACUGCGAUGCUGGAGUACCUGCAAGACGAAAGAAAAUUUAUUGCUCCGUCUUGGAGCUGGGCAUCUCGAAACGCCGGUGUCCAUUUUCCUGGAAAUGGUUCUAACUCUGAUAGCUUCCAGGUUAUCGAGUAUGACCUAUAA